AUGGGGGCCUAUAAGCAUAUUCAGGAAUUGUAUAGAAAGAAGCAAAGUGAUAUUAUGAAAUUUUUGCUUCGUAUACGAUGCUGGCAAUACAAACAGCUGACGAGAAUGGGUAGGGCUCCUGGACCCCUACGACCAGAUAAAGCUCGAAGAUUAGGGUACAGAGCCAAACAAGGAUUUGUCAUCUACCGUAUACGUGUUCGACGAGGUGGACGUAAGCAUCGUGUACCAAAGGAUGCGACUUAUGGAAAGCCUAAAAGCCUUGGAGUUAAUGAGCUGAAGCCCACACGUAACUUUCAGUCCAUUUCUGAGGAACGAGUUGGAAGGCGUUGUGGUGCUCUCAGAAUGCUUAACUGUUGCUGGGUUGCACAGGAUUCCACAUACAAAUAUUACGAAGUAAUAUUGGUGGAUCCAGCUCACAAGGCAAUUCGCCGAGAUGCAAAGAUAAACGGGAUAUGCAGAGCAGUGAUGAAGCAUCGGGAGCUUCAGGGACUUACCUCUGCUGGCAGCAAGUCUCAUGGCCUCUAA